AUGGCCACUUCGUCACCUCUUCCCGUCAAAAUGGAUGGAAAAACCAUCACGUGCCGUGCACGUGAUAUUUUAAUACACAAAUCACCGAAAAUGCCCAUGUCUUCAAAAUUGAAAGUACAAAAUGGUCCUUUUAAACAAAACAAGCGUACUGUGGGUAGGCUACGGCCACCACUGAUCGUUGGAGUCACAAACUUCGGCUUCUACUUCUACCGUACUCCCCUUCUCAACAACUUUACAGCGAUUGUUGACAUUCUUAAGAGCUCCCUUGCUGAAACUCUCAAUCACUAUUAUCCCUUUGCAGGAAGAAUCGUUCAAAACCCAUAUACUGGUGAGCCUGAGAUUUUUUGUGACAACAUUGGUGCUCUGGUUGUAGAAGCCCAAGCAAAUAUCCCUUUGAAAGAAUUAAAAUUUUACAACCUUAAUCAAUCUUUGCAAGGGAAGCUAGUUUCUAUCAGCACCAACUUUCCCGUGCAAAUCCAAGUAACAAAAUACACUUGUGGAGGCAUUUCAAUAACCUUCACCUUCGACCAUGCACUAGGCAAUGCGAGCUUCAUCAGUUCUUCGAUGAUUUGUUUGCAUGGUUUUCAUGUCUGCGUGAGUAGUCUUCAAGUCCUUUGA